AAUGGCUGCGGUCAUCCAGGCUGCUGAAGGCGGCGGGGCCCUGGUGCGUCUUGGCCGUCAUGUGAGGUGUCAGUGUGGAACAUGACUCAGAGCGUCACAGGCGGAAGGUCACCGAGCUGAGGAACGGAGCGGAAGCGGGACUCGAAGUCUGUCCGCCAUUGUGGAACAUGGCAAGGCAUAUUCCCGUAAAACACUCGUCACUUUCACGCUGACUCGCUCGCCCACAUCUCAUCUGUAGGCGACAUUUGGAGAAAGAGGCCAUUUUUCCAAGUAAGGCGUCGUCGUGUUUUUUUCCGGACUCGAGAGGAGAACCGCCGCUCGCGGAGGGAUUGGACAGGGCAGCCGGAGAGCAGCGGCAGGAGAGCGGCUGAGAGCUGAGAGAGAGACCGACUGAGAGGACGCCGCGGACGGACAGUGUCCUGAGCAGCCCCGCUUCCUGGAGGAUGUCUGCCACCACAGUCGACCAGAGACCUAAAGGACAGGGAAAUAAAGUGCAAAACGGAUCAAUGCAUCAAAAGGAUGGAGUGAAUGAUGAUGACUUUGAGCCUUACAUAAGCAGCCAGACAAAUCAGAGUAACAGCUACCCACCCAUGUCAGACCCCUACAUGCCCAGCUACUACACCCCAUCCAUAGGCUUCCCUUACUCCCUGGGAGAGGCUGCCUGGUCCACAGGAGGAGACCCACCCAUGCCCUACCUAACUACCUAUGGACAGAUGAGCAAUGGCGAGCCGCACUUCAUCCCCGACGGCGUGUUCAGCCAGCCAGGCGCCCUGGGAAACACGCCACCCUUUCUCGGCCAACACGGUUUCAACUUCUUCCCCGGCAACGCGGACUUUUCUACCUGGGGGACCAGCGUGUCUCAGGGUCAAUCCACACAGAGCUCGGUCUACAGUAAUAGUUAUGGCUACGCGCCCAGCUCGCUGGGUCGGGCCAUCGCAGACGGACAGGCCGGCUUUGGCAGCGACACCCAGCUCAGCAAGGUGCCGGUGUUGAACAGCAUCGAGCAAGGGAUGGCGGGCUUGAAACUGGGUACGGACAUGGUGGCAGCUGUCACUAAGACUGUGGGCUCACCCUUAGGUGGCACCCCAGGUAUGAGCAGUAUGGCCGCCAAUAACCUUCCGCCUUCUGUGAGCUCGACGGUUGCGAAACCCUCCUCCUGGGCUGCCAUCGCCAAGAAGCCGGCCAAGCUGCAGGUCAAGGCCAAGCCCAAGGCCAACAUGGGGAUGGUGGGUGGCGCCGCCAUUCCUCCGCCCCCCAUAAAGCACAAUAUGAACAUUGGUACCUGGGAUGAUAAGGGCUCUCUGAACAAGCCCCCAUUAGCUCAGACGAUGAUGCCCACGCCGCCUCUGGUGCAGCAGCCUCUUCUUGCUCAGCCCCCGGCCUUACUGCAGAACCCUCUGUCCCAUCAGCCUCAGCACCAACACCAGCCCUUCCACCUCCAGUCCCUCCAGUCCCCACAACACCCUCAGUCCCUUCCUCCUGGACCCCCACACCUGCACCUCUCCUCUCACCCCGGUCCCCCACAAGCCCUCCAUCAGCCGCCGGGCCCGCCUCCCAAUCGCUGGGUGGCUCCUAGGAACCGGGGCGACGGCUUCGGCUUGGGCGUGCCUAUGAACGCGUCGCCGUGCUCUGGAGAAGUGCACCCCGUGCUGGAGAAGCUGCGCGCCCUCAACAACUACAACCCCAAAGAGUUUGACUGGAACUUGAAAAACGGCCGUGUUUUCAUCAUCAAGAGCUACUCUGAAGACGACAUCCACCGCUCCAUCAAAUACUCCAUCUGGUGCAGCACAGAACACGGCAACAAGCGGCUGGACGGUGCCUACCGUUCGCUGGGCGGCAAGGGGCCCCUGUACCUGCUCUUCAGCGUCAACGGCAGCGGGCACUUCUGUGGCGUGGCCGAGAUGCGCUCGCCGGUGGACUAUAACGCCUACGCCGGCGUCUGGUCUCAGGACAAGUGGAAGGGCAAGUUUGAGGUGAAGUGGGUCUUCAUCAAAGACGUGCCCAACAACCAGCUGCGACACAUUCGGCUGGAGAACAAUGACAACAAGCCAGUGACCAACUCCAGGGACACGCAGGAAGUGCCUCUGGAGAAGGCCAAACAAGUGCUGAAAAUCAUUGCCGCUUACAAGCACACCACCUCCAUCUUUGAUGACUUUGCACAUUACGAGAAACGCCAGGAGGAGGAGGAGGCUUUGAGGAAGGUGAGAUGGACGCACAAGCCAGUAGGGCUUUCCUAAGUACCAUGUUUGGGUUUUAAAUCAAGUCCUGCAACCCAUAAAAAAAUGGUUGAUUUAUGGUUUAUUUUAUGUGGAGUGUGCUUAAAAGUUCCAUCACAUUUACACUUGCACAAUCUAACAGCGGGAAGAAGCAAAGCUUAUUUCAUCCUACUCAGCAAUUAACAGUGUUUCCCACAGGACUGCAAUCUAUCUAUGGCACUAGGUAGAUGACAUCUUUGUCUAAUUUGCAUUAUUGUCCAUGACACAAACGUCCGCCAGAGUAGAGAUUUUCAAAAACUUUGACUCGGUGUUUUGAGCUUUUUGGUUUGGGGUCACAAGAAAUGUGCGAUAUUAUUUCAUGUUCUUAACCGUAUUUAACAACACAACAUGAAGUUAUUGACUUACGGGUGUUUGUUUCCUUAUGUGCAGCGGCAGACUUCAUGGGCUCCAUUGAAGUGAUGGUUUUAAAGUUUUAAACUGAUUUUAAAGCUAAUGUACACGUCAUUGUGCAUCUAAUAUACCACAGUAUUGACAAACAGAUGCGUUAUAACGCACGACCAAGUCUGAAGUGUAGUAAGAAGCAGAGUUACGAUGCGUUCGUAACUGUGGAAGGACAAGCUACACAAGCAGUCCCCUUUAAAAUGCGUUCAUGAGCGAAGGUCAACCGGUAGAGCCAAAUCUUAAAAAAGAAAAAGUAGCCCCAAGUCUGUAGUGGUCCAAAUUUAUCAGUGGCGGGCUACCACAAAUAAAUGAUUGUAUGGGAAACACUGAUGACUUACUUUGCUCACUUCCAGUCUUUAACAUGUUAUCGUUUUCUAACAGGGAAAGAAAAGGAUAAAGUAGAUUGCUGGGGUUGGUAGAUGAUUAAUAUGAGCAUAUUAAUAAUAGAAAUAAUACUGUAGUAAUAAAAAGAAACAUUGCAUCAUGAAUAAAUAAGUACAAGAUAUAUGAGCGCUUAAUUGUGUACCACUGCUUGAUUUUCAGUCUAUUAACUUUUUUCUCCAUGGUUUGCCAUCUGUGGGUCUAACUGGGUCAAAGGUUAUUUGCACACAAAAAAAUGUGAGGGGAGUGAAUAAAAUCAACUUUUAGUCCAAGUUCACCUGCUUUUUCUUUGACUUCUGGGUUUUGUGUUCUCAUUUUGGACCACAUUGUCUUUGGAAUAUCGAGUGGACUCACAGACUCAACCGCCGAACCGUUUUUUUUCGAGGCAGCUUUUCACUUCCUGUACAAUCAGCUGACCCACCUGCUCAGGCGGCAGCAUCUCGUGGCCCAAACGGGCUGCGUGGUCUCUAUGGAAGUUCCCGGCCGCCCUGUCAGCAGACGGACAUGUCAUCGUUAGUCAUAAGCGUCAAAGAAAAGAGAGCCUGAUUCAUCGACAGCCAUCUCGUGCUGUCGUGAGUGUUGUGGAGGGGAGGGGGGGCACAUUCCUGGCAUUCCAUGCUUGAGACCAAAGCAGAUGCAGGCCAGGAGGUCUCUUUGAGCGCCAAGCUUGUAGCCGUAUGUUAACGCAGCCAUUGUUGGACCUGUGACUCCACACUGCGGACUGUUGACGGCCCGGUCCCGGGGAUUGGGGACCCUUGGUGUGGCACAUAAUUAGAGAGUGUGUUGCUGUCCUCAUAAUAGAGCCAUUCAGCAUAUUAAUAGUAACCAUGGCGUGACGUAGGAGCGAAUGUCGGCACACAGAAGCUUCAUUGAGUCCCUUUUGGACUUACUUUACAAGCGUCACUACCACAGUGUACAGAGGGGCACUUUAUCUAUUUUUAGGUUUUCUUUAUUUUAACUUCCUCUUGGGAGGAUUUUGUUGCUUAUUAAUUGUACAGGAAGUGUUUUAAGGAGCAUCCAAUUCUUUUGCAAGUGUAAAAGUAAGUUCACCCGACUAUUAGUAAACUCAUCACUAAUACUCCUUACUGUCAUACAAGUGUAAAAAGAAGUUAAGCACUGUUAGUAAAUAAAAUGAAAAGAAUAAUCCUGUCGUCAUCACGGUUUGCUAGUUUGGUUCAUUUUGGGUGCCUAAGAGAACAAAAUGCAAAAUGUAAAACUGCUGAGCUUUUGUGUUUCAUGAGUUUUUUUUUUUCAUUAAAAGAGCCAUUCAAAAUCUGUAUCAUUGGACUGCAAUUUAAACUAUAUAGGCUUUGUGUUAGAGGUGACAAAGUAAAUUAGUGACAUAUCUCAGAAUAUAUCCGGGGGAAAACGUGAGGGUUUAUUGGGUAUGACAGCUACAUCCCUAGUACACACAUUUAAAAAGAAUUUUUUUAAUCCUUGCUCGCUGAACUGACAUCUUGUGAGAUGUGCUGAUGUUGCCUUGAGGUUUUAUGCCACAUUUUAGUUGCAUUCUGAACUGUACGACCUUAGGGCCCCUCCCAUUGUACAGUUUGCUACCUGAUGCUCCUGAGAAGAUGUUACACAACACUAAAGCAAUAAAAGCAAGACGUGUGUUUGUCCACCUUGCAGUAA